UAAUUGUGAAUAAUGGCAAUGAAUUGACUAACAUUUUCCUCAAUAUAAUUCGAAAAAUAAUAUGAAAUUCUUGUUUGUGUUGCUUUUAUGAAUUGACAUUCGGCAUAGAGGCUAUUGAAAUUUUCUAUGUUAACUUUUUUAUCGUGGAGUUGGGAGCCAAAUCCAGUCAAAUUAUAGAAAACAUAAAUCGAAAUUUUCAUUCAAAGUAUAUUUUAAGUUACACUUCGAAGAAUUUUAUACCUAUUUUCGUUGAAGAAUGGCUGGUUUCUAACAAUUUCGAAAUUGUUUUGUGAUUCGAGAAGUGAAAACAAUGUUCUAAAGUGUGUUCUCAAUUUUUGAAAACUACAAAAUGUCCCAACCAGGCAAUACAACAGGUUGGCUUAUACAAGGUGCAAAUGGACAACCACAAAUGAUAAAAUUGGUGCAAACUUCUCAAGCUAGUGGCAAAUCUGUUGGCGGAAUUCUAACUUCAAAUGUGACUACACAACCUAUAAAAAUAUUCAAGACCACUUCGGCUAGUGGUCAAGAAAUAACACAGUUGAUGAACACUACUCCGCAAUCACCGAUAAUUAAAACUAUCGGGUCUAAUAUAGUUACAAAAACAGUACCAAUACAUGUGAAUAUGAACUCAGUGGUGAAAGGUCCAAAAACUAUACAUCUAAGUCCAUCCCAAAUGCAAAACAUUCGAUUUGUGAAUACUACAUCUCAUCAGAACACAGUACAAAUGCAACAGGCAAAUCCUCAAAGUUUUGCAGUAGCUCAACAAGUACAACAAUCGUCUCAAAAUAUUAAAACAGUUUCACCACCAAUUCUUCAGCGAAAGAGGCAGGACCCCCUUGAGAUGGAUUAUGUCCAUGAUUCUAAAAGAUCUAGAAAAUCAGAUAAAGUAGGUAAAGGCUUGAGACAUUUUUCAAUGAAAGUUUGUGAAAAAGUUCAAAAGAAAGGAACUACUACAUACAACGAAGUGGCUGAUGAAUUAGUUGCCGAAUUCACUAAUCCCAUGACAAAUAGUUCGUUAGCUGACCAACAAUAUGAUCAGAAAAAUAUCAGGAGAAGGGUAUAUGAUGCUCUUAAUGUCCUAAUGGCAAUGAAUAUCAUAUCAAAAGAAAAAAAAGAAAUCAAAUGGAUAGGACUACCUACUAAUUCCCUUCAAGAAUGUAUGCAACUGGAGAAGGAAAAACAAAAAAAAUUAUAUAGUAUUAGGGAAAAGAGAAAACAACUUCAUGAACUUAUCUUAAAUCAAAUUGCUUUUAAGAAAUUAGCACAGAGAAAUAAACAAAUGGAAGAAACACAUGGAGCUCCUCCACCCAACUCUUCGAUACAAUUACCAUUUAUAGUAGUGAAUACAAAUAAGAAAACCAUUAUUGAUUGUAGUAUUUCCAAUGAUAAGUUGGAGUAUAUUUUUCAAUUUAAUGAUAAGUUUGAGAUAAACGAUGAUGUUGACAUAUUGAAGUCUAUUGGUAUGUUUAUGGGCUUAGAUACUGGUACUGUUACACCUGAAAAUCUGGAAAAAAUUAAAUCAAUGGUGCCUAAAUCACUGGUAGAAUAUGUGGUUCAGUUAGCAUCAGGUGAAAACAAAGAUUUAGAAAACCUAGAUGUUGAUGCUGGAACUAGCACAUCCUUCUUAAUGGGUUCAGAAGAAUUAACAGGGGUUCAUUUAGAUGAAGAAAGUUCUCGUCAUUCUUCUAAUUUUGAUCCUUUAUCUCCGUGUGGAGAUGAUUACUCAGAUGAUGAUGUGGAAGGGGAAUCUGAUUUAUCUAGUGAUAUUGAUUGAAUUUUUCGAUUAUAUAUUUUUUAUGGGUUAAGAUUGUACAGGUCAUAAUUUUGGCUUCAAGUGAAAAUAAGGAGUAGGUAGGAAUGAAAAUUUGCAAAAUUUACCAAGACUGACCUGUUUUUCUGGACUCUUUAAGAAUUUGUUUUUUGUUUUAUAGAGCCAUAUUUUCUUUAAUUUAAGAUUACAUUAUUAAAAUACAUAGGAUUUUCUGUUUGGUAUUUUCAAAUUCUAUUGAUAACUUCAAUUUGCUCUCAUUUUUUUUCUGAAUCGCUAUUUUAGAGUAUAUUAGCAUAGUUAGUUAAAAAACCUGAAUAAAAUUGUUUUUAAUA